AUGGAGGAGAUUGGCGGAGCAGAUUUGGUCGGAGAAUCGCCAGAGACGGCAACGGCGAAGUGGAGGUGGCCGCCGAAGAUGGGGAGUGAGCUAGCUAGAGCGAUCCUCAAUAGCGGCUACCUCCGUGGUGUGGUCACCGAGAUCAUCCACGAUCCAGGUCGGGGCGCCUCGUUGGCCCGGGUCCAGUUCCGCCAUCCCUUCCGGUACAAGCUCCAGAAGGAGCUCUUCGUGGCCGCCGAGGGCAUGUACACCGGCCAGUUUGUGUACUGCAGAAAGAAGGCCAACCUCACGGUCGGCAACGUGCUGGCCCUCGGGGCCAUCCCAGAAGGUACGGUGGUGUGCAACGUCGAGCACCAUGUGGGUGACCGUGGGGUCUUGGCUAGGGCCUCUGGGGACUAUGCUAUUGUGAUCAGUCACAAUCCUGAUAAUGGAACUUCCAGAAUCAAGCUUCCUUCUGGCGCCAAAAAGAUUGUUCCAAGUAAUUGCCGAGCUUUGGUUGGUCAGGUUGCUGGUGGAGGAAGGACUGAGAAGCCCAUGUUGAAGGCAGGAAAUGCCUAUCACAAAUUCAGGGUGAAGAGGAACUGCUGGCCCAAGGUUCGUGGUGUUGCUAUGAAUCCUGUGGAGCAUCCUCAUAGUGGUGGUCACCAUCAGCAUAUUGGGCAUGCAAGUACCAUUCACCGAGAUGCUCCUCCCGGACAGAAGGUUGGUCUUAUGGCAGCCAGAAGGACUGGUCGGCUCUGUGGGCAAGUUGCUGCCACGGCUGCAAAAGCUGACAAGAGUGCUUAG